AUGUCGUCAACCAUAACAAAAUAUCAACCAUAUCUUGCCGGAUUAAAUCACCCUGGAAAGCAACUAGUCCCGGAUGACUGGACGUUUGAUAUUGCCAAUGAGAGCGGCAGGGACGAGCUACGAGACGCACGCUUGAUGCAUGCAGCAUUACCAAAUAAGCUAAAAGUUCUGAUUUUAUACGGAAGUCUGCGUCAAAGGUCAUAUUCGCAACUACUCUCAUUUGAAAUCGCGAGAAUCCUUCAUCACAUAGGCGUAGACGUUAGAGUUUUCAAUCCAGACGGUCUGCCUCUGAAAGAUGAUAGUUCGGAAUAUCACCCCAAAGUCCAAGAACUUCGUCAACUUGUAUCUUGGAGUGAAGCCAACUUUUGGGUAUCACCAGAACAGCACGGGGCGAUCACUGGCAUUAUGAAGACACAGAUUGAUCAUAUUCCGCUAUCGCUUGGAUCUAUCCGUCCUACUCAGGGUAAAAUUUUGGCCGUCGCUCAAGUUAACGGGGGUUCUCAAUCUUUUAACGCCGUGAACACACUCAGAUUACUAGGAAGGUGGAUGAGAAUGCACACAAUACCUAAUCAAAGCUCAGUACCGAAAGCCUGGACUGCGUUCUCACCAGAAGGUCGUUUUCUACCUAUAAGUAAUCGUGACAGAGUUGUGGAUGUUUGUGAAGAACUCGUCAAGGUGUCUUGUUUAUUUUAUGGUAAGCAUGACUUAUUUGCCAGUAGGUGGAGUGAGCGCAAAGAAAAAGAGAUCAAAGGACGUCUCCUUUCUCAAGAGGAAAAAGAAAACGAGAACAAAAAGUCUAGCUGA